CAUCCCGUCACUCCGUCGAAUGAGUCCCUGUGACUCGUGCCUUUCAGGCCAUGCUCCCAACCGUUGAGCCUCGCACUUCAACACUAUAGCAACCCCUCCUCGCGGUGGCCGCAGCGCCGAACAACUAGAAACUCUUCGAAUCUUUAAUCAAUUGAUCAAUUAGUCCAGAUUCGGAAGCUAAUCUUCUCAACAUUUGAGCGAGGAAAUUGCGUCCUCUUGUACAGAGAAGAAUGAGGGCAGGGAAAGGGAAUCAGGAGGACGAUGAGUACGAGGAGGAGGAGUUCGGUUCUAAAAAGGAAGGUCCUUCGUCUACGCCUAAUAGCAAUAACACCGGCAAAGAUACAAAAGCUAUUGAUAAAGCUAGUGCUAUAAGAUCGAAACAUUCAGUUACUGAGCAGCGAAGGCGGAGCAAGAUAAAUGAGAGAUUCCAGAUAUUAAGAGAUCUCAUACCUCAUAGUGAUCAAAAGAGGGAUACUGCAUCAUUCCUAUUAGAGGUCAUUGAGUAUGUCCAGUACUUACAAGAGAAGGUGCAAAAGUAUGAAGGUUCAUAUCAGGGUUGGGGUCAAGAGCCCACAAAGUUGAUGCCUUGGAGAAACAGUCACUGGCGUGUUCAAGGCUAUGGCCAACAUCAAGCUGUGAAGAAUGGUUCUGGUCCUGUGUCACCUUUCCGGAAGUUUGAUGAAAGCAACAUUAGUGUCUCUCCCACUGUGCUCAGUGGCUCCCAAAAUACGAUCGACCCUGAACAGAGCAGGGAUAUUAUCAGUAAAACAGUGGAGAGGCAAGCUGAGUUAGAAUGCAAGGCAGUACCUCUUCCAAUGCCUAUGCAUGCAAACAUGUCUGUUCCUGUCAGAAGCGAUGGUGCACUAGCCCAUCCUCUUCAGGGGCCUGUUUCUGAUGGGCAAUCAGCUGAAUGUCCAGCCAAUAGUGAACCUCAGAACCAACAGGAAGAGCUGACAAUUGAGGGAGGAACAAUCAACAUCUCAAGUGUAUACUCUCAAGGGCUGUUACACAACCUGACUCAAGCGCUACAGAGUGCUGGUUUAGAUCUCUCACAGGCUAGCAUUUCUGUUCAAAUUAAUCUUGGUAAGCGGGCAAACAAA